AUGAUCGCUAACGUUCUUUCUUUCUUGGCUGUUGCAACCACCGUUGCUUUUGCCUCUCCAUGCGGAGGACUUCUUAACGUUGGACUUGCCGGAGGAUGCGCUGGUGGCUUGGUCACUGCUGCUCCAGUCGUCUCUACCGGAUGCGCUACCCCAGUCGUCUCUACCGGAUGCGCUACCCCAGUCGUCUCUACCGGAUGCGCUACUCCAGUCGUUUCCACCGGAUGCGCUACUCCAGUCGUCUCCACCGGAUGCGCUACUCCAGUCGUUUCUGGUGUCGUCGGAGGUGCUUGCGCAACUACCACUUUCGGACCAGCCGUUUUCCCAGCUGAAGCCCGUGCCUUCGGUUUCGUCGGACCACAACCAGUCGUUGCUGGUGCCGGUCUUUUGGGAGCUGGAUGCGGAUGUGCUGGUGGAUUAGUCUCUGCUGCUCCAGUCGUCGCUGGUGCCGGUCUCUUGGGAGCCGGAUGUGGAUGUGCUGGUGGAUUAGUCUCUGCUGCUCCAGUCGUCGCUGGUGCCGGUCUCUUGGGAGCCGGAUGUGGAUGUGCUGGUGGAUUGGUCUCUGCUGCUCCAGUCGUCGCUGGUACCGGUCUCUUGGGAGCCGGAUGUGCCGGAUCUUUGGUCGCUACCCCAACCCAAGUUUCCGUUGAAGCUCCAGUCCUUGCCGCCGGAUGCGGAUGUGCUGGUGGUUUGGUUUCUGCCGCCCCAGUCGUCACUACCGGAUGCGCUACCCCAGUCGUCUCUACCGGAUGCGCUACUCCAGUUGUUUCCACCCCAGUCGUUUCUCCAGUCACCCGUGUUGUUGGAGGAUGCGGCUGUGUUUUCUAA